UGAAGGAUUCUAGUGGAGCGUGGAGGGACUCUCAAGUGUUGGAUCAAGUCAACUACAGGACUGUGGUCCUUCAUACUGACACUCAUACCGGACAGAAGGGCAACUGAAAGAGAAGUAAAUGGGACGAGGAGGAACACCAGGCCCAGGGCUGACAUGGACCGACAUGACCUCUCCAUCUGGCUGUUUAACCUAAUCUGAUGCUCCUGAAGACUUGCUGUUUCAGGACAGAUGACUGACCACUGGGACUGAAAUCCGGCAGAAGUUGGAGGGAGUUCACUCAUAAAGUUGGAUACCACUAAGGGCACUAUGGAUAUAUACAAAUGUUUAAGCUUACUUUUCUUCACUCUUACUCCACAAGUUUGUUCCCAAGUUGGACCUCGUGCCCAUGCUGAAGAGAGGCUGCUCCAGGAUCUGUUUGUACAUUACAACAAGCUCUCUCGGCCUGUAGAAAACACUACAGACACAGUGCUAGUUCACUUUGGGCUGUCUAUUGCCCAGCUUAUUGAUGUGGAUGAGAAGAACCAGAUGAUGACCACAAAUGUCUGGGUCAAGCAAGAAUGGAACGAUUACAAACUCCGCUGGAACCCAGAGGAAUACGAAAAUGUCACCUCCAUCCGUAUUCCCUCAGAGAUCAUCUGGAGGCCUGACAUUGUCCUCUACAACAAUGCUGAUGGCGACUUUGCGGUAACUCACCUCACGAAGGCACAUCUCUUCUAUGAUGGUCGGAUAAAGUGGAUGCCACCAGCUAUUUACAAGUCUUCAUGCAGCAUAGAUGUCACCUUUUUCCCUUUUGACCAGCAAAGCUGCAAGAUGAAGUUUGGCUCAUGGACCUAUGAUCGCGCCAAGAUCGAUCUGAUCAGCAUGGCCAGCGAUGUGGACCAGAUGGACUACUGGGAGAGUGGAGAGUGGAUCAUUGUCAAUGCAGUGGGCAAGUACAAUACCAAAAAGUACGAGUGCUGCACAGAGAUCUACGCAGACAUCACUUACUAUUUCAUCAUCCGGAGACUUCCGUUGUUCUACACCAUUAACCUUAUCAUCCCCUGUCUUCUUAUCUCCUGUUUGACUGUGCUGGUGUUUUACCUGCCAUCACAAUGUGGAGAGAAGAUCACCUUGUGUAUCUCAGUGUUAUUGUCCCUGACAGUGUUCCUCCUGCUUAUCACAGAGAUUAUACCGUCCACAUCACUGGUGAUUCCACUGAUUGGUGAAUACCUGCUGUUCACCAUGGUCUUUGUCACACUCUCCAUCAUAAUUACUGUCUUUGUGCUAAAUGUACAUCACCGAUCACCACAAACCCAUGGAAUGCCUCACUGGGUGCGGAGAGUAUUCUUGGACUUGGUGCCCCGAGUCCUCUUCAUGAAGCGUCCACCAGGCACAGCCAAGCAGAACUGCAAGAAGCUUAUUGAGAUGAUGCACCGUCCUACCACCAUAUCUGCAACAGGCAACUCGCAGGCUUUUUGGACAGGGUUAGAAACAGGGUUAAGACAGAUGGGCCAGGUAGAGAAUACACUCCCAAAGUCUCCGUCUGACAGUCCAAGCAUCCUUGUCUGCUCACCCUCUCCACCCUCGUCCUCUCUUAAGGACUGCAAUGAGGAAAAUCACUCACUGAAGGCCAACAUUUUCUGCCGGCCGACAUCUGGUCAGUAUUCAGUUCUCUCAGAGAAACAACCCCUACGUGGACACAAUUCUGCUGCCUCAUCUUCUUCCCAAUUGUCCUUACCGCCAACUUUGCCACUCGGCCCACUUCGCAGCCUAUCCAGGGAAGAACCCAAUACACUGGCCCCAAAUGGCCGCUCCGUCAGUGUAGAGCAAAUGUUUGACCAACAGAGGGAGCUUCCUCAGACAGCUGGGCAUCGGUGUCGUUCCCGUAGCUUCCAGUACUGCUGUCUGCAUGAUGAAGGGCCUGGGGUCAUUGGGAUUGCAGGGUGGGUAAAGAAACAAGCCCUUACAGAUCAACUAGCAGAAACCCUCACAGCAGAGUCCAAUAAAGAUGCGAGUACCCAACAGGACCGCGUGGCUCCGACUAUUUCCCCAGCUAUGCAACGGGCCAUAGAGGGAGUUCAGUACAUUGCUGAUCAUCUCAGGGCAGAGGAUGAUGAUUUUUCAGUAAAGGAAGACUGGAAAUAUGUGGCCAUGGUCAUUGACAGGAUAUUCCUCUGGAUGUUUGUACUGGUGUGUAUACUGGGAUCCGUGGGACUCUUUCUUCCUCCUUGGCUGGCUGGAAUGAUCUAGAAACUCACCACUGAAGGGAAGGGAGUGACAGGACGACAUGCUGUCUUAUACUGUAAAAAAAAAAAAGGGGGGUUUAUCAUUUAUCUUUUUAUUUUCUAUUUUUCAAAGGAACUACAAGUCACGUUCCUUGCUCCUGCCCCGGGUUAUCAAAAGGUUACCCACGUAAAAACAAGAUUAAAUAUCUAUCAUUGAUUCCAGUGGGAAUAUAAAUUCUUUAUGAGGGCAAAGGGCCAACCAAAAUAUCCUUCCGCACCACUCCAUUUUGAUAUUGACCUCUAUAGCUCAAGCUGUCACCUUGCUAAAAUACAGAGAAGAAUGGACUUUGACCCAUCUAUAAAUGCAGAAAACCACAGAAAGAGAUAAGAUAUUGAUAAGACUGUAAAAGAUAUGUAUAAGACUGGAAAAGGUUUGGUUUAAAUCUAAAUUCUAACAUUCCCUAUUACAAUGUCAAUGUUAUAGUGACAAUAGCACAGUGCAGUGCCCUCACCAAAUAUUCAUAUAAUAUUCAUGUUUCUGUGCAACCUGAUUUGACAGAAUUCAGUGCUUGGAAGGAGUUGUGUGUGUGUGUGUGUUCAGGUGUUUUGCAGUGGUCACUGCUUAGGUUAGCACACAUACUGAUCUGUGAUUUUCUAAUCCUAGCAGUUAAAUAAACAAAUGUAUUCAAUACAUCUUACAGGCAUCCUCUUACUACAGCAGAGUUAACUGGGAGGGAUUUAAAGUCACUCUCUCCAGUGAUUCAUAGCCCUUCCUCCCCUCAAGCCCAGUCAACAAAUUAGGCAAGGGAAUAUUUUAUUUGUUCUAUUGCUUCAUAAAGAAGUGGGUUGAUUGGCCCCAUUUUCUAUUUCUUUAUUAAGUGUGAUUUUCAAACUCCAAAUCCUUCAUUUUAGGCAUUGAUAUUCAAAGUUAAAGAUAAAUAUUAAUAAAUAACUGCCAUAUAAAUCUUUCAGAUAUUUGUAAUAUUAACUUAAAUAAAGAAAAUCUAAUAAAGCUUCUACACUGCAUUUCACAUUGUGUACAAUAAAAUUAGAUCUGACAGGAAAUGGCUUUUACAGUGCAUUACAAAGAAGAGAGCUGCUGUUGAUGCACAAAAUGAGUUGAAGGUUUGUGGUAGUGGUGGAUAGUGGAAGGAGUGAAAGGCUAAUAAUGAACUGACUUAUGAAUGUUCAUCCUCUUCAACAGAACAAAAGAGAAACACAUGCUAGCGAGCAAAGAAGCAGCAGUUUAUGAGUGUAAGACAUUAAUCACCAAGGUAACAGUUUAACAUUACCAUAAUUUAAAUUCACAAAAAAAAACCAAAAAACUGUUAAAGCUAUUAAGCAACGGUUAAUUGUGUUGCAAGAUAUUGAAAACAUUUGGCAGAGGACAUUGAGCUGCAUAUAGUGGGAAAUACUGUAUGUGAGGUAUGAAAGAAUGUUUGUCCAGGAAGCUGACCUGGCAUGCUCUCUUUUGUUAGCCAUGCCAGCAGCGUGGCUCAAGAGAUGGCACUGUUCGGGUCUGUAAGUUCACCACUUUGGUCCAGACUAAAAAAAUCCAUGCCAUGAAAUGCACAUUCACAGUUCCCAGAGAAUGAAUCCUGAUGACUUUGGUACUCCCCUGACUAUUCCUCGAGGACCAAAAUCAGGUUUUACAUUUGUGGUUUUGAGGGAUAUAUUGUGACACAAAUUCUAUGACAAUCUAUAUAAGAAUUUGGUACCGACAUUCAUGUUCCCCUUGGGAUGAAUUGUAAUAGCUUUGGUGAUCAACUUUUCAUUUAGCACCAUCAUCUGGCCAAAAUUUGACCAAUACUUUGGUUUAUGACCACAUACCUGCCAGACGAAUCAUAUUCUCAUCAGUCUCCACUGUACUUUGUGUACUUUUCAUACUAAUUAGAAAAUGUUAGCAUGCUAACACACUAAACUAAGAUCACGAACAUACAUAUAGAUGCACAACAUACACCUGCUCACCAUGACAAGUGUUUCCCAUGGUUUGCAUGCUGAGCAUUUUAUGUCAAAGCACCUCUGUGCAGACUCACAGAACCACCACUGUCACGUGGCAGCAGUGGUGUUCUCUAAGUUAUUUUGAAUUGGCGGCAGCAGGGUCCUGGCUACUCCAAUUCAACCAGCCUGUAAAGCACAGGUUGCUGCUAUCCACUCUGCACUUCAUAGCCUAUGAUCUAUACGCAGGUAAACCAAGUGGCAACCUCCUUGGCUGAAGAAUGAAGCAAACGGGAUAGUGCCAAAAACUGCAGAUCCCUGACCCGCCACUUGAGGCUGGCUCUAAAAGCGAAUCUUUCUCCAUAAGCCCCCAUAUUGAAAAGCUCAAAUUUACAGCAAAAAUAAACAGCCUGUUUCAAUAAAAGGUGCUGGUCUCUAUAGCUAAAUUCCCUGUUCAUGACAACUGUAUGUGGGGUGAAUUUUUAUUAACUCAUCCAUUUAAAUUUUAUUAAUGCGUAAAGUUAUGCAUAAUUAAAGGCGCAUCUGCUUUGAGUGACAGGUGGGUGCCGUCACAGGUGGCUGGUUUCAGCAACCAGGCUUCAUUCAGCCCGCCUCAGCUCCACCCACGCUCCACAGGGGAUUUUGGGAUUAGCCGAGAACACUUCACAAUAGCUUUUCAGAAACCUGUGGCUGACGUCACGGAGACUACGUCCAUAUUUUAUACAGUCUAUGAGCUAAACAGAGCAAGUUACAGCUUAAAAUAGAGAAAGUGUUAAGCAAUAUGUCACGAUUAAUGUAGCAGUUUUAUCUCCCUAAUAUCACAAACGCUGUUUAUUGUCUUGGACUGGAUAAUCAGACUUUGAAGCUGACUUGCUCUAAAACCGUUUCUCUUUAUUGAUCUGUUUUCUGCUGGUGAAGAGGUGUAUCAUUCAUGGAACUAGGAUACCAGUGUUGGUUUCCUCUCUGUGGUUACUGUGGUUGCCAUGGUCACACAGUGAGCCGUGACCGGGAGUUAAAAAAGUUGAACCAUUAUAAACUGUACAUACAGCCAGAGUGGCAACCGCCGUUCCUCUCCUUGCCUGUGCGCUAGCUGGCCUCAGCAGCAUGUCUGUCACUGUGUUUACAUUGAAAAGGGUGGCACCUUUGGUCUUGUUGCAUUUCCAUCACAAAAUCAGGUAACAUUCAACUAGUUGUUGUAAGGCCUUACAAACACAUUCUACACUUCUUCUACACUGAUUGGGUAUUAUAGCCAGAAGUGUUUUAAUCAACAGUUUUUACUAAAGAGAUUGAAAAAUGGAUAAAAACACUCAAGUACUCGUUUCACUUUAUUUUUGUUUAAAAGGUGAAAUCUGUCUGGAUACUGAGGCAGUUUGUAUAAGAACUGUUAGUUUGCAGCGACAAAUAUACCUAUAGUAUAUUCACUGAAAGGCUUAUUUUGGUAUUUUUUACUCAAAAACUAAAUUAUUUAAACUUUAAACAAUAUAUACAAGAGAUGUAACUGGGAGCACUAAAGUUUGACAACAAUGUAAUUAAAUAAUUAUGACAUGGAAAAAGACAUGAAACAACUCAUGGAGCAGCUGACUGCUGUUCAUGACAGCAUACAACCCAGUUAACAGUGUCUAUGUUGAACAAUAUCCAUUCCCUGUUCAUAAUUGAUUUGUGUUCAAAUGUGCAUCCCCUUACUGUUUGCACAUUUUACCAACCAGAAUACAAGGAAAAGGUAUAGAUCCUUUUUUCUGAUUUGCACAUAAAGUAUUUAUCAGUCAAUGUUGGAAACUUCUAAUUUUCAUUUGUGCCAAAUGCCAAUGCUUGUGUCUUGAAUUUCUAAUUUCUCUCUGUCCUUUGGUUCUGGUGUGAGACCUAACUGAAAGCCCUUCCUGGAUUUCUUUGUCUCACACAGUUAUACAUUUUCAACAUUUUGGCAUUCUUUUGUUUUCAUCAAUAUUAUGUGUAAUAAAAUGCAACCAAAACAAAAA